AAGCGCUCAGAGAGAGGGGCAGGAGGAGUCGGUCCCCGGGCCUCCCUGAAGAAGAAGUGCCCAGGGGGCCCCUCGUCCAUGCCAUCGCCACGUCGGCCAGGAAGAUGAGGUGGGCCCGGCCGGGCAGGGGCUGCUUGCCACUCGCCCUCCUGCUGCUGGCAGCGGCCUACGUGCUGGUCCAGAGGGCCGGGCCCGCCGCCCAGGCCCAGGACCGGACCCAGCGUCGGCCCCGGGAACCCGCCCGGGAUCCGGCCCGGCCGCUCUACCAGAAGGCCCCCCCCGACCCCCAGGCCCUGGGCGAGUGGGGCACGGCCAGCCGCCUCCAGCCGCGGGGCGACCAGAAGAAGCGGGCCGAAGCCCUCGUGGAGAAGUACGCCAUCAACAUCCACCUGAGCGACCGGAUCUCCCUGCACCGCCACAUCCGGGACGGCCGGAUGCCCGAGUGCAAGGCCAAGGCCUACGACUACCGGCGGCUGCCCACCACCUCGGUGGUCAUCGCCUUCUACAACGAGGCCUGGUCGACGCUGCUGCGGACGGUCCACAGCGUGCUGGAGACGGCCCCGGCCGUCCUGCUGAGGGAGGUCAUCCUGGUGGACGACCUGAGCGAGGAGGCCUACCUGAAGGCCGAGCUGGAGCGGUACGUCAGCGGCCUGCGGAGGGUCCGGCUGAUCCGGACCCGCAGGCGGGAGGGGCUGGUCCGGGCCCGCCUGAUCGGCGCCACCUUCGCCACCGGCGAGGUGCUCACCUUCCUGGACUGCCACUGCGAGUGCAACGCCGGCUGGCUGGAACCGCUCCUGGAGCGGAUCGGCCAGAACGAGACGGCCGUCGUCUGCCCCGUCAUCGACACCAUCGACUGGAACACCUUCGAGUUCUACAUGCAGACCGGGGAGCCCAUGAUCGGGGGCUUCGACUGGCGCUUAACCUUCCAGUGGCAGGCCGUCCCCGAGCGGGAGCGCCGGAGGCGGGGGUCCAGGACCGACCCCAUCCGGUCCCCGACCAUGGCCGGCGGGUUGUUCGCCGUCAGCAAGAAGUACUUCGAGUACCUCGGGACCUACGACAUGGGGAUGGAGGUGUGGGGGGGCGAGAACCUGGAGCUGUCCUUCCGGGUGUGGCAGUGCGGCGGCACGCUGGAGAUCCACCCCUGCUCCCACGUGGGGCACGUGUUUCCGAAGCGGGCCCCGUACGCCAGGCCCAGCUUCCUACGGAACACCGCCCGGGCGGCCGAGGUGUGGAUGGACGGCUACAAAGAGCACUUCUAUAACCGAAACCCGCCGGCCAGGAAGGAGACCUACGGGGAUCUGUCCGAAAGGAAGCUGCUGCGGGAGAAGCUGAGCUGCAAGAGCUUCCAGUGGUACCUCAGCAACGUCUUCCCCAAUCUCCACGUCCCGGAGGAUCGGCCCGGCUGGCACGGAGCCAUCCGCAGCCUGGGGAUAGCGUCCGAAUGCCUAGACUACAAUUCCCCCGAGCGCAAUCCCACCGGAGCUCACCUGUCCCUGUUCGGGUGCCACGGGCAAGGAGGCAACCAGUUCUUCGAGUACACGUCCCGCGGAGAGAUCCGCUUCAAUUCCGUGACCGAACUGUGCGCGGAGGUCCCCCGGCAGAAGACUUUCGUCGGGAUGCAGGCCUGUCCCACGGACGGGUCCUCGGUCCCGGAAAACAUCGUCUGGCGUUUUAAAGAGGACGGAACUAUCUAUCAUCCCCAUUCGGGACUGUGCCUCAGUGCCUACCGCAACGCCGAGGGUCGGGCCGACGUAGAGAUGAGGACUUGUGACUCGGCGGAUAAAAACCAGAUCUGGAAGUUUGAAAAGUAAACCAGGCGGCGCCGCGGUCGCGUGGGUGGACGGCGACCCGGAGGACUACAGAGCAACCUCACUGACAGGCCCCGGCUGUUCUACAGACCCUCCUCCCGGCGAGGAGGUCCGUCGUCUGAAACUCCGGCAACCGAUCGAUGGGCGUUUGACCGGAUAAUUCGUGCCCGGUCACUAUUUGCCACCCUCUGCAUUCUUCCUUGCCUCCUUCCCCGCUGCUGCCUCGCUUUACCCUAGUCCCCUCUCUCUCUCCCUGCCCCCUCCCACAUCCCAG